CCGUGUGCUACAGCUACAGGACACAGUGUGGACAAAGAGCUGGGCCCGGUCCACUCCCUCCACCAUGGCUCGGUACCUGAGCUACUUCACGGCUGUUGGGGAUGAGCCGCAGGUCGCUGGGGAGGAGGAGGAGGAGCUGCAGGCGGCCAGCGAGGAGCUGAGCCCGAACACCGGGAUGUUCCCCACCACGCUCUCCUUCAGACAGUCCCUGCAGAGGCUCUACAGCUCCGACCGCUUCCAGGUGGUGGUGGUGUGUUUGGUCGUCCUGGAUGCCAUCUUUGUUCUGGCCGAGCUGCUGAUAGAUCUGUCCGUGAUCAAGUUGGAACAUGGCCACCUUGCUCCAGAGGUUUUCCACUACCUGAGCCUGGCUCUGCUCACGUUCUUCAUGGUGGAGCUGUUCGGGAAGCUGUUUGCUUACCGUCUGGAGUUCUUCCAGCACAAAUUUGAGGUGUUUGAUGGUUUGGUGGUGACGGUUUCCUUCAUAUUGGACAUUGUGUUCAUCUUCCAUGAAGACGCCUUUGAUGGGACGGGUCUCCUCAUCCUGCUGCGACUCUGGAGGGUGGCCAGAAUCGUCAACGGUAUCCUGGUGUCAGUGAAGACUCGGCUCACUAAAAGCGGGCACAAGCUGAAGGAGAGCACGACACCUGGUGGGCAGAGAAGUCACCGAGCUGCAGGAGCGCAAGCGACACGCUGGUGA